AUUUACCGAGCUCAACUGGCGCGGCGAGUUUGCAGUUAGUUGAUACGAGAUGCCCCCGAAGAAAAAUGAACCUUCUAAAAAGAAUGUGGACAAACAGAAGCAGAAAAUCGUUGAAGACAAAACUUUUGGAAUGAAAAAUAAAAAAGGGGCUAAGCAACAAAAGUUCAUCCAACAAGUACAAAAACAAGUUACCCAAGGUAACAGGUCGGCUAAAGAGUUGGAGCGUGAAAAACAAUCGAAGGAAGACAAGAAAAAAGAGAAGGUCGAACUUAAUGAAUUGUUCAAACCUGUGUUAGAAUUACAAAAGUGUGCGAAAGGAGUUGACCCAAAGUCAGUUCUGUGCGUCUUCUUCAAACAGGGUUUGUGUACCAAAGGUGACAAGUGCAAAUUCUCCCAUGACCUGACUGUUGAACGGAAGGCUGAAAAGCGUGGGAUUUAUUCAGAUUCUGAUAAAACGGACGGUACUAUGGAUGACUGGGACAUAAAUAAAUUAGAAGAAGUGAUUAGCAAAAAGCACGAUGCUGAUAACAAAGGGUUGCCACCGAGUACUAUAGUAUGUAAGUACUUCAUUGAAGCAGUGGAAAAUUUCAAGUAUGGUUGGUUUUGGGAGUGCCCGAAUGGAAAGACAUGUCACUACAGACAUGCCUUGCCUCCUGGUUUUAUCUUACAACGAGAUAAGAAGAAAAUGGAAGAACAGAAGGAAAUAAUAUCCAUAGAGGAUUUAGUUGAACGUGAGAGGCAAGCCCUUGGACUUAAUCAAACCAGAGUUACGUUGCAUACAUUUAUGGAAUGGAAGAAACGAAAGAGGCUUGAGAAAAUCGAGAAGCGAUGUGCCGAUAAAGCGAUGCGAGAAGCUAGUUAUAAACAAGGCCGUUCCGCAGGAAUAAGUGGUCGGGAGAUUUUUGAGUUUGACCCAGCAUUGGUUAUGGAGGCGCUGGAUGAUGACGAGACAUCUGGAGUUGUUGACUCUAGAAUUCGUGAUGAUGGAGAAAAUGAAUAUGAUGGUCCUGUCAGGGAUAUUGACUUGAAUAUGUUUGCGAUCGAAGUACUUGAUUGUGAAGACAACGAUAAUAGAACUGAAUUAACAGGGGAUUGUGCUAUACCGGGAGUUAGCGAAAUUCACGAAAAUGGAUAUAAUAAUGAUGAUGUUGUAAUCGAUGAAGAACUGUUUGAUGAAACAGAUCUGGCUGACAUUGAAGCCGAGAUAAACGAAUUGGAAUUGGAAGCCUAAUUUUAUCUGGCUCUAUAUGUGGUUAGUUUCGUGACAGUGAUGCUGUUGUUCGUGAUUAUGAGUGAUUACAUAUGAGUCAACCAAACUGUUCUCAUCUUAAAUUGUAUUUCUUAUUUCAGUUUUUGUACAAAGAUGCUUCUUUCCCAUUAUAUUUUGCCUAUCUAAUUUUAUACUGAGUAAAUGUGAGUACGAUCUG